CAACCUGCUGGGCCACGAGACCAUGAAGGAGGUGCUGGAGCAGGCGGGCGCCUGGAUCCCGCUGGUCAUGAAGCAGUGCCACCCGGACACCAAGAAGUUCCUCUGCUCGCUCUUCGCCCCCGUGUGCCUCGACGACCUGGACGAGACCAUCCAGCCGUGCCACUCUCUCUGCGUGCAGGUGAAGGACCGCUGCGCCCCGGUCAUGUCGGCCUUCGGCUUCCCCUGGCCGGACAUGCUCGAGUGCGACCGAUUCCCCCAGGACAACGACCUCUGCAUACCCCUCGCUAGCAGCGACCAUCUCCUGCCGGCCACCGAGGAAGCUCCAAAGGUAUGCGAAGCCUGCAAAAAUAAAAAUGAGGAUGACAACGACAUAAUGGAAACUCUUUGUAAAAAUGAUUUUGCACUGAAAAUAAAAGUGAAGGAGAUAACCUACAUCAACAGAGAUACCAAAAUCAUCCUGGAGACCAAGAGCAAGACCAUUUACAAGCUGAACGGUGUGUCUGAAAGGGACCUGAAGAAAUCCGUGCUGUGGCUGAAAGACAGCCUGCAGUGCACCUGCGAGGAGAUGAAUGACAUCAACGCGCCUUAUCUGGUCAUGGGACAGAAACUAGGUGGGGAGCUGGUGAUCACCUCAGUGAAGCGGUGGCAAAAGGGGCAGAGAGAGUUCAAGCGCAUCUCCCGAAGCAUCCGCAAGUUGCAGUGCUAGUUUGCCCCCCCCUCCCCAGGCCGCCUCCAGAGCCAGGCUGACCACUUCCGCUCUGGGUCCCCAGCUCUCAUCCCCCCAAGCACAGGCCCUUGCAGCUCUGGCCCCAGCCUGGAGCAGCUUCCCUUGCCUUUUGCACGUUUGCACCCUGGCAUCUCCUGAGUUAUAAGGCCUUAGGAGGCCUCAGGAGUGGAUAGCUGUUUUCACAUACAGGAAGAACCCACCCAGAUCUUGUAGAAAUGUUCAAACUAAUAAAAUCAUGAAUAUUUUUACGAAGUUUUUAAAUAGCUCACUUUAGUUUUGAAUAGGUACAGCUGUGACUUGGGUCUGACUUUCCUUCUUUCUGUUUGGUUUGGGCCAACUGAUUUUCACUCUCUGCUAAGGUUGCCGUAACGUGCAAAUGGCUUCAUUUUUCGAUGUGGCCCAAACUGUGGUGGGUCACAAUCCUCGUUGAGAUAAAGCUGGCUGUUAUCUCGACGUCUCUCAGCUCCAGCCUGAGACUCAGAGCCUAAGUCUUAUAAUAAUUCACCUGUCAUUUUAUACCCCCGUUGGGAACUUACAACAGUAGCAGCAUGUACUGCAUCUCCGGGUAGAGUACUUCCAUUUAUCAAAAGCACAUUAACCACCAUAGCAUGAGUUCUUCGAAUAAAGGGCAAAACAGAUUUUAUAAUUGACCUGAGUACUUUAAGCUUUGUUUAAAACAUUUUUUACUUAAUUUUGCAAAUUAAACCAUUGUAGCUUACCUGUAAUAUACAUAGUAGUUGACCUUAAAAAGUUGUAAAAAUAUUGCUUUAACCAACACUGUAAAUAUUUCAGAUAAACAUUAUAUUCUUGUAUAUAAACUUUACAUCCUGUUUUACCUAC